CUCCAGCGGGCAGCCGAGCGCCGGCCCAGUGCGGAUUCUCCGGCCGGGCUGCUGGGGGCAGGGCGGCGGAGGGGAUCGCGGCGCGUGCGGGGCCCCUGGCCGAGGAGCUGCUGGAGAAGAUGGUGGAGCACUUGGCAAACACAGAGAUCAACAGCCAGCGGAUUGCGGCAGUGGAGAGCUGCUUUGGGGCGUCGGGGCAGCCACUGGCCCUGCCAGGCCGGGUGCUGCUGGGCGAGGGUGUGCUGACCAAGGAGUGCCGCAAGAAGGCCAAGCCCCGCAUCUUCUUCCUCUUCAACGACAUCCUGGUAUACGGCAGCAUCGUGCUCAACAAGCGCAAGUACCGCAGCCAGCGUAUUAUCCCACUGGAGGAGGUGACGCUGGAGCCACUGCCCGAGACCCUGCAAGCCAAGAACCGCUGGAUGAUCAAGACAGCCAAGAAGUCCUUCGUGGUGUCGGCCGCCUCCACCACCGAGCGCCAGGAGUGGAUCAGCCACAUUGAGGAGUGUGUGCGGCAGCAGCUGCUGGCCACGGGCCGCCAGCCCACCACAGAGCAUGCAGCACCCUGGAUCCCUGAUAAGGCCACGGACAUCUGCAUGCGCUGCACGCAGACGCGCUUCUCGGCCCUCACCCGGCGCCACCACUGCCGCAAGUGUGGCUUUGUGGUCUGCGCCGAGUGCUCCCGUGAGCGCUUCCUGUUGCCGCGCCUCUCGUCCAAGCCCCUGCGCGUCUGCAGCCUCUGCUACCGUGAUCUGGCCGCCCAGAAGCGGAAGGAGGAGGCUGAAGAGCAGGGCUGGGGGUCCCCGGGGCAGCCGGCCCACCUGGCUGCGGCCAUCUAUGGAGCGUCCAGUGGAGACGAUGAUGACUCCGACGAGGACAAGGAGGGCAGCAGGGAUGGCGACUGGCCCAGCCGUGUGAAGUUCUAUGCCUCAGGCGUCUCCUGGUCUGCCUUCCAUAGCUGACCCCAGACCUGCAGAGCUUCUGCAUCCAAGCCGGCUCCACUGCCCAGACCCUGAGGGGGGCAGUUCCCAAAGCGCCAGUGCUCCUGGGACCCUACCCCAUGGUGGUGGGCAUAGUGGUGGGGAGUGGCUUUUUCCCUCUGGUCUCCCAGUGCCUUUUUGCUAGAUGUCGGCAUCCUCCUAGUUCCACUUCAGGUAAUUAUCUUUCCAUUUAGCAAUCCGUAAAUCACUUAGGCCUCUUAGAAACAAAUGCCAUUUCUCAGCCCUGUGGGCUGCAGCUGCAGCCCCAGAUAGCCCCUUGAUUUAGAUGACCCCAGGAGCCCUGGGAAUUUAGGGGCCAGAGGGGAGUUAGGAACACAGAGAGAAGACAGGAUGGGAGUGAGGGACCACUCUUCCCUGAGGCCAUGAGCACACAGAACCCCACCCACCACCCCUGGAUAAGCACACCCCAGGGAAGAGCAUGCAUCCUGGAGGCCUCUAAGCCAGCCAAGAGACUGCCAUGCUAUGGGAACACACCGGGCCCAGGGGACUGCAGCCUGAGCUCCCCACAGCCAAGGGAACCUGCAGUGAGUCUGUACUGUCUCACCUCUCUCCAGGUGUCCAGGUGUUGGAUGCUUCUUUUUGUCAGUCCCUCAUCUGUCCCUGUGGCCAGUAAAAGCAAUGUCCUUAGUUGCAAGGACAGAAAUCCCACCUAGCCUGACUUAAUAAUAAAAAAGAACAUUUACUGACUUUGA